AUGGCCGCCGGAACUUUUGACCUCACCCUCGGGUGCCUUUUCAUUGGUGUUUCGCUCAAUGUCUGGCUGUUUGGCUUCUCCCUGGUCCAGGCUUACAUCUACUAUGUCCACUUCCCCAACGACAAGCGGUUCAUGAGGUGGUUUGUCUUCUUCCUGGUGCUGGCCGACGCCCUCAACGCCUGCUUCGACCUCGCCUUCCUCUACCAGUACCUCGUCAGCUACUUUGGCGACCUCAACUACGCCUCGUACGCCAACACCGCCUUCACCGCCGACCCGGUGAUGACGGGCAUCAUCGCCUUUGCGACGCAGCUCUUCUUCGCCUGGAGGGUGUACAAGCUGAUGCACAACGUCUACAUGCCCACCAUCAUCGCCGUCGGCGCGCUCAUCUCGUUCCUCGGCGGUGUCGGCACGACGAUUGCCGUCGCCAUGUACCCCAAGUUUGCCGACUUCCAAAAGUUCCAGGUGAUCGUCAUCAUCUGGCUCGUCGGCGCCGCCGUCACCGACGUCAUCAUCACCCUCUCGCUCGUCUGGACGCUCAACAAGGCGCGCACCGGCUUCGCCGCCACCGACGACAUCAUCACCAAGCUCAUCCGCACCACCCUCCAGACGGGCAUGCUCACCACCUUCUUUGCCACGGUCGACAUCAUCCUCUUCCUGGCCUCGAGCACCAGCUUGCACCUCGUCUUUAACCUGCCGCUGGCCAAGCUCUACGUCAACACCCUCCUCUCGACGCUCAACGCGCGCGUCAAGAUGACGCCCGCCAACGCCCACUACACGCUCGAGGGCUCGCACAGCGACCGCGCCACCGGCGCCGAGCGCACCAAGCGCUCCGGCGUCUUCAACAAGGGCGCCACCUCGCGACCCGCCGCCUUCAAGAGCCACAUCUCGUCCAACAACGACAUCGAGGAGAACAUGCGCGACUUUGCCGCCCAGGGCAACGACGCCGGCAUCCACAUCCGCACCGUCGAGGAGACGUUCGAGGAGCGCCACGAGCUCGAACAGACCCGCCCCUACAUCCACAGCACGCACAGCGAGUCGUUCCGCACCGUCGAAAAGCCCCGCAUCAGCGAGCAGGACUCGAUGUGA